AUGUACAUCACCCUCUACUACAUAGUCACCCGGCUCCCUGACUCCCUUCGCGUAGUCAGGGACCACUUCCUCUCAGUUUGCCCCACCACUCUCACCGUUGACCUCCUCGAGAAGGCCCUCCUAGCAGCAGAGAAGAGCAUAGUCGCUGUAGGAGCCUCUCGUGGUGACCCUCGCACCCCCGUCUUUGAGGGGUGUUCCCCCUCCCCCCUUUUGCCCUCUGUUGCCUCUGCUGCUGCGGCCGACCUCGUUGGUUUCGAGUCGGUCGGCGCUGCGUCUGCCCCAAGCGGGAGACGCCGCACCGGCAAGGGCAAGGGGGGCAAGGGUGCUGGAGGGGCUGGCGGGGGUGGCGGAGGUGGCGGUGGCGGCAGUGGAGGGGGUGGGGGUGGUGGUGGGAGUGGUGGCGGGGGUGGAGGUGUCGGUGGCGGCAGUGGAGGCGGAGGCGGCGGCGGCGGUGGCGGUGGGAGCGGAGGUGGCGGAGGUGGCGGCGGUGGAGGAGGCGGCGGCGGAGGAGGUGGAGCUGGUCGGGGUGGCGCUGCACAGAGGGUCGGCUCCGGUGGUGGUCAGCGCCAGCAGCAGCAGCAGCAGCGGCAGCAGCGCACUCGUGACAUCCCCCCCCCUCAGCAGCUCCGUGAGUGGUAUACUCACGCCAGCGGGCUGUCUAGGGCGGGUGUAGCUGUCUUUGACCUUGACUUUGAUGCUAUUCUUGCUGCCAUGUAUGCUGUGACUAUUAGUGAUGAGGGUGACUGUUACCGGUGUUUUCCGCCCGACCCGGGCAUUGAGACUGCUGCUCUAGGUACUGGUGAGGCUGCUGCUCUAGGUGCUAGCGAGGCUGCUACUCUAGGUGCUCGUGCGUCUGCUCCCUCAGGUGCUGGUGAGUCUGCUCUCUCAGACCGCACCACACUCACGCCGCUUGGCCGGCCAGUUGCAGUCUCUCUGGCAGACCCCUCUGGGGGUCCUGUCCUUGCUCACUUCUCCACUGUCCUCCCGUGUCCGGCGGCCCCCUCUGGCACCCUGUCUGGUCUUUACCUCCCCUCGUUCUCUACGAACUUGGUGAGUGGUGCUGACCUACAGGAUGCGGGGGUUCACCAGUUCACUCCUGCGAGUCAGCGGGUGACCCACUGCACGGACGCUCAGACAGGCCGACACCUGGCCACGUUUACACGUCGGCCGGGGUCGAGCCUGUACACACUGACCACUGCGUCUCCUCCAGUCACUGCGUCUGGUCAGGUAGCUGCGUCGGGUCAGGUGUUUGCUGCAGCGUCCAGGUCUGGUCCUGAGUCUGCCCCCUGUUCGUGUCGCCUUCUGUCUCACGAGACUCUCCUCUGGCACCACCGCCUUGGUCACCCCUCCCAGCUUCGUCUCCGAGGCAUGGCCUCCCGUGUCCUUGUCUCUGGUCUUCCCCGGUCCCUCCCUCCCCUUCCUUUGGGGCCUGGCCCUACCUGCGUCCCCUGUGUCGAGGGGCGGCAGCGGGCUGCCCCUCACUCCUCCCAGUUUCCUCCGACAGAGGCCCCGCUGCAGACGCUUCACAUGGACGUGUGGGGCCCGGCCCGCGUCCGUGGACAGGGUCACGAGCGCUACUUCCUGCUGGUGGUUGACGACUACUCGCGUUACACCACAGUCUUCCCCUUGCGCAGCAAGGGUGAUGUCACUGAGGUGUUGAUCGACUGGAUCCGCGCAGCUCGUCUCCAGCUCAGGCAGAGCUUCGGCUCGGACUUUCCUGUUCAGCGUCUGCACUCUGACAGAGGUGGAGAGUUCUCCUCUGGCCUUCUGCGAGCCUACUGUCGUGCACGAGGCAUCCGCCAGACCUUCACGCUUCCGGACUCUCCACAGCAAAAUGGGAUUGCUGAGCGCCGCAUUGGCAUGGUCAUGGACGUCGCCCGUACGUCCAUGAUGCAUGCGGCUGCCCCCCAUUUUCUGUGGCCGUUUGCGGUUCGGUACGCGGCGCAUCAGAUCAACCUUCACCCCAGGGUCUCCAUGCCGGAGACCUCCCCAGCUUUGCUGUGGACGGGGAAGGUUGGCGAUGCGUCUGCGUUCCGUGUCUGGGGAUCUCGGGCGUUUGUCCGCGACUUGUCUGCGGACAAGCUGUCCCCUCGUGCUGCUCCUUGCGUCUUCCUUGGCUUCCCCCCUGACGCGCCAGGGUGGCAGUUCUACCACCCCACCUCUCGCCGUGUCCUGUCCUCCCAGGACGUCACGUUUGACGAGUCGGUCCCCUACUACCGCCUCUUCCCCUACCGCACUCCGUCCCUCCCCCCGCCACCGCUCUUCCUUGUCCCAGGUCCCCCCCCGGUAGACCCCCUCCCCCCUCAGGGUCCUGCCCCUUCAGGUGUGUCCCAGGUAGACGCAGUCGAGCCUGUCGAGGUUACUGGUGACUCUGGUGCUGCUGAGGGUGCUGAGCCUGGGGGUGCUGACUCUGGGGGUGCUGAGCGUGUGGGUGCUACGUCUGGGGGUGCUGAGCCUGGGGGUGCUGAGCCUGGGAGUGCUACGCCUGGGGGUGCUACGCCUGGAGGUGCUGAGCCUGGGGGUGCGGAGCCUGAGGGAGCUGGGCCUGCUCGUGUGGCGUCUGGCGGUGCUGAGCCUGGAGGUUCUCCGGGUGCUUCGUCUCGGCGGGAGCCACUCUCUCCACAGGAGCUGCGCGAGUGGUUUGCCCGGCGCUGGAGGCGUGCUGCUGGAGCUGGAGGUUCUUCGGCUGCUGAGGGUGCUGGUGCCGCGGGUCCCGGAGGUGCUCGUACUGGGAGUACUGGAGCUGCUGGGCCUGCGGGUACGACUGGAGCUGGAGCUGCUGAGGGUGUUGGCGCUGAGGCUACUGCUGUCGGUCCUGGAGGCGGUCCUGCUGGGGGUGCUACUGGUGCUGCUGGAGGUACUGGAGCUGGAGGUGCUGCUGGCGCUGGUGCUGCCGCUGGGGGUACUGGUGCUGUCCCUGCUGUGUCUGGAGUCGCCGCGCGGCCUCGGCCGUACUUCGUUCCGCUCCUUCAGCAGGUUCUUGGUCUCCCGCCUUCUACUGGUCCUCCUCCUCCCUUAGCGUGUCCACAGCCUGUCCCGUCACAGUUACAGUUACAGCCGGCCUCCCCACUGCCCGCUCCUUCUCCCUACACUGGUCCUACUGGAGGUCUUGCUGAGCGUCGUGAGCCUGCGUCUCGCCCUGCGUCGCCUGUCCGUGCUGCUCGCACUAGUGCUCGUGGUUCGCGUCAGCGUCCUCCUCCUGUCCCUGGCACGCACCGGAUGUCUCUGCGUCCGUCCACUGCUCCUCUGCGUGCCCCUUUGCCUUCUCCUCCUGAGUCCUCUCUUCCUGCUCUUCCUGACCCGGAGUCGGACUCUCUUCGUGCUGCCAGUCCUACUGUCACGCGUCUCCUUGCUACUGUUGUCACUGACCCUUCCUUUGAGUCCACUGCUGCGUCUGCCCUAGUUACUGAGCUCGUCGACUUUGCUGCUCGCUGUCGUCUAGACUACGCUGCUAGUCUUGUUGCUGAGUCUGAGUCUGUCUGUCCUCCGUCCGUCGGGGGUGAGUGUGCCCUUGGCACGGACGUCCUUGAGGACAGGCAGGAGGAGUUCCAGUGUUUGGCUGCUGCUUCACCUCAUCUCGUGUCCGUACUGCUUACCCCUGAGGGAGACCCGGAUGCACUUGACAUCCCGACUCCGCGCUCUUACGCGGAGGCGAUAGAGGGUCCCUACUCCUCUCAGUGGCAGGCAGCUAUGGACGCAGAGAUGGCUUCCUGGAAGUCCACAGGCACCUACGUUGACGAGGUUCCCCCGCCUGGGGCGAACAUCGUCAGUGGCAUGUGGAUUUUCAGGGUGAAGCGGCCGCCGGGUUCUCCGCCUGUCUUCAAGGCGCGUUACGUGGCUCGUGGCUUCAGUCAGCGGCAGGGAGUUGACUACUUUCAGACCUUCUCUCCCACCCCGAAGAUGACCACUCUUCGGGUACUGCUGCACAUAGCUGCUCACCGCGACUACGAGCCGCACUCUCUUGACUUCAGCACUGCUUUCUUGCAGGGCAGCCUGCACGAGGAGAUCUGGCUGCGUCGCCCACCUGGCUUCACUGGGUCUUUUCCUCCUGGCACCCAGUGGAGCCUCCGGCGGCCAGUCUACGGUCUCCGCCAGGCACCGCGUGAGUGGCACGACACACUGAGGACUACACUUGCGGCUCUUGGGUUUGCUCCCUCUACUGCCGACCCGUCGCUGUUUCUGCGCACCGACACUUCUUUGCAGCCGUUCUACAUCCUCGUGUACGUCGACGACUUGGUCUUUGCCACAGCUGACACUGCUGGACUCGCCCACGUGAAGUCCGAGCUGCAGAAGAGACACACGUGCACAGACCUGGGUGAACUGCGCAGCUACCUUGGCUUGCAGAUCACCCGGGACAGAGCACGCCGCACCAUUACCCUGACUCAGUCACACAUGGUGCAGCAGGUCCUUCAGCGCUUCGGCUUCACGUACUCCUCGCCUCAGGCCACUCCUCUGCCUACUCGCCACUCGCUCUCAGCUCUGCCUUCGGAUGAGUCCGUAGAGUCGAGUGGCCCGUACCCAGAGCUUGUUGGCUGCCUCAUGUACCUGAUGACCUGCACACGACCUGACCUUGCAUACCCUCUUAGCAUUCUUGCACGCUAUGUUGCUCCUGGGAGACACAGACCGGAGCACAUGGCUGCAGCGAAGAGGGUGUUGCGCUACUUGUGCAGUACGUCGGGCAUGGGGCUUGUGCUUGGAGGGCAGAGUCCAGUGGUCCUCACUGGACACGCAGACGCUUCUUGGGCUGACGACCAGGCUACGCAGCGGUCGUCACAGGGUUACACCUUCAGCCCUGGUUCCGGCUCUGUUUCGUGGCGGGCUACUCGCUCGUCUUCUGUUCUCGGCUCUAGUUGUGAGGCUGAGAUCUACGCCGGGGCCAUGGCUGCACAGGAGCUUCGCUGGCUCACCUACCUGCUGACUGACCUCGGAGAGCCGCCUCGUUCUCCUCCAGUGCUCUACGUAGACAACAAGGCCAUGCUGGCCUUGUGUCGAGAGCAGAGACUGGAGCACAGAACGAAGCACAUUGCUCUUCGCUACUUCCUUGCUCGUGAGCUACAGCAGCGUGGUCAGCUGCGACUUGCGUACGUGGCCUCUGAGGCCAACACUGCUGAUAUCUUCACCAAGGCACUUGCGCCUUGUGAUCAUCAGCGCUUCUGUACUCAGCUGGGUCUUGUACCUACCUUGCCUCACUUGCUCACCUCUUGA